UUAAUAAAACUAUAGAAUCAUUGCAUAAAGAAAAUAAUUAAAACAGUAAGUGGUCAAUGUCAAUGAAGAUCUGGGUCAGGCCAGAGGCGGUACCCUUAUACUGAGAAAGUGGGUUGGGAGAUCUUGCGGGUUUUGCCGUCCUGUAAUUGUGGCGCGAAGAAGAACGAAUUCAUACGCUGCCGGCUUUCUUGCUGGAGAAGCGGGUUCAGGAGCAAAACCCAAAACUCCCCAUUGCUUAAACCUUUCUCGGGCUCAUGCUCGAGCUGUCUGCUGGCCCCAAAAUUGCACUUUCUGAACUUGAGGGAAAAUGGUGUUGGAGAGCUACGUGGUGGUGCAUAAUAUAGCCAAAAGGCACAACGUGGGGACCCUUGCACGAAGCGCCACGGCCUUUGGAGUAUCCGAGCUCAUACUAGUUGGCCGUAGAGAUUUCAACUCAUUCGGUAGCCAUGGCUCCACCUCUCACCUCCGUUUCCGUCACUUUCACUCACUCGAAGAUGCUCGUCACUUCCUAAAGGAGAAAGACUGUGAUAUUUGUGGCGUGGAGAUUACGGACGAUGCCAAACCCAUCAAUCAGCAUCCCUUCAAGAAAAGCACAGCUUUCCUGCUUGGGAACGAGGGUACGGGCCUUUCUGCUAAGGAAUGUGAGAUAUGUGACUUUUUUGUUUAUAUCCCACAAUAUGGAGGUGGCACUGCUUCAUUGAAUGUCACUGUAGCAGCUUCGAUUGUACUUCAUCAUUUUGGAGUCUGGGCAGGUUUUGCCGAAAGAUCUCGUGAUGGAAACAAAUUCAUUGUUGCUGAGAAACCUAUGAAACAAGGUCGGCGAAACUACUGUGCUGAAACGGAUGAUAUUAUUGCUGAGGAGCGUAAAGCUAGGAGGGAAAAUGGUGCAAACGGCUUCUUUGAUGAGACUGAGAAUGGAAAUUCAUCUUCUAACCUCCUGGAUGCAUUAUUUGUCAAUGAUUGAUCGAAGAUGCCUGAGUUCUUGGGCACAUCAAAUUCUGAGAAUGUAGUUUGAGGGCUCAAAUAUUUUUUUUUUUUUUGGCCAAACGAACGAGGGCUUAAAUACUUGAAUCACUCAGAAUAGGAUCCGGAGCAAUCCAACUGGUAGAUGGAGAUGCUAUAUUUAAUACUUAGCCUUCAAAAAGGAGCCCGCCCAUUGCUGAGGAAGGUUUGGACCUGCGUUUGAUGUAUUUGCUAACUUAUAGCUUACCACCUUGAGAUAGUUGCAACCACCGUUAGUGAGGGGACAUAUUUCGAAGUCAAAUCCAGUUCUGCUGGACUACUAUUGUAGCAUCUGUGAAUUCUAUCGGGUUCACACAUAAUUGUCAAAUCAACUGAUACAAUGAUUUUUCCCCUCCCCUUCACAUUGGUGUAAUUGCCGGUAUCUAUUAAAUAUUACUCCUCCAGGUUUUAA